AUGGACAGCACCCUUUUGAAGGGCAUCAAAUCAGCAUGCUGUUUCGCCCUCGCAAUCUCCCCCGUCGGGGAUCGUCUCAUCAACCCUUCAACGCCCGAAUACACCUCACUCGUUAACGCUCAAGCACACGGCAUGUCCAUUCCGCUCGCUCCUUCCUGCUUCGUGCAGCCAACAAUGGCCGAGGAGCUAGGCGUCGCUAUCGGCGCGUUAAGCUUCGCGCCUGCAAUGAUGAAAGCAGACGCCCACCACGAGUGUCCGCUUGGCAUCCGCAAUGGCGAGCAUAUUACAUGGGUUGGCAAGGGUGCGGAUGACCUUGAUCUUGAGAGUGAGGAUUACAAGGAGAACGAUUAUGUGAUUAUUGAUGCUGGGUUGCUGGAUGAGGGGGUCUAUCGGGAGUUCAUGAAGGGAUGGGAGCAAUGA